AUAAGAGUUACAUACACACUUAGCCAUACAUAUAUAAUUUCUCCAAUUCUUUUCGCUCUAAAUUCACAAAAUAAUAUCCAUGGCAAGUACAGCAUUAUUGCCUAAUAAUAAUAAUCAGCAACAACAACAGUCCGUAAUAGGGCAAAGUGCUUUGCCAAAUAAUAAUAAUAACAAUCCUGCUGGUCAAGCGAGUAGUACCACUGCUACUACUAUUGCUUCAGCCUCUUUUGGUUCCAUUGGUCCCUUUUUUGCAGUAAUUUCAGUACUAUUCGUUUUGACGAUGCUAUCGUGCUAUUUUGGCCGGACUUAUGGCCGGCGUUGGGCGGCAGCUCCGCUCGAGAGGAUUGAUAUCGGUGGUAGCGGUGGCGGUGGUGGUGGCAGUAGCAGUAGCUGUAUUGGUUGGAUGAAGAGUGUCAAAAGCCGUUUGUGGAUGGCUUGUCAUGAGUUUGAAGUUAGACGAAAUAACAAGAUGGUGGUUCUUUGUGGUGAUGUAGAUGAGAAGAGUGACAUUAAGGUUAGAGAUCAUAGUGAAGUUUGAUCACAUCCAUCCUUAUUCCUAGGCUUAGUUUUUUAACAUAACUUCAUCACUAAAAUUAAUAAAUAGCUAUCUCAGAAUUUGCCCAUUUUAAUUACACAGUUUUAUUUGACUUUGAUUUUCUUCAAAGGAAAUAUAUUAACCAAACAAUAGUACAUACUAAAUUAUUUAGGGCCAUGCAAUCCAUUCAGGCAUGCGCUGUUAAUAUUA